UCUCACUAACUUCUCGAUCACUGCGUUGGUGAUCAAAGGCUAUUCUCUCAGGAAUCAGCCACGAAAGCAACCGCAGCAUGUGCACUGCACAUCCCAACCGUUGCUGUGCUGGUUACACACGAAGGACUCAGUCAUUCACAUAUACGCGGAGUAGACGAUGAAGGUGGCCAAGGGGAUUAUGCUCGGUAACGUAUCGCGAUGAGGACAAGGGUGUAUACAAUCUUUGAGGGCAAAUGGACACAUGAAUCAGGGUUUCGGGUUUUGGAAGUGAAGUUUUCAGUGUUAGGGUACUGAAUCUUGUGGUCAGUUCUCAAGGGGACUGUAGAUACAAGUUUAGACCACGAGCUGGUGACGAUUGAGUAUGGGGAAGGAAGCUGGGCCACUGUCCUUUCUUCCUCGUCUGCCCGCCUGUCUCAGUACAUUAUCGGAUGCAUCUUUUGAUGUCGCCGAUGCCAGAAAGGAGAUUGAGGAAGAGGUAACGUCCAUUCAAAUUCGGUUGAAAGCGACGUUGACCCAAGUUUGGGAUGAAAAUGCUAUUUUUCAAAGAAUUAUGUACAAGAAUCAAAAUCAGCAUCGUAGAACGAUUUAUUUUCGUCGUUUGAUGCAAGUGCGGCGAGAUUUACAUCUGCUUCAGUCGUUUGGACUCCAACAUGUGGUCGAGGCGCUUCCUUAUUGUGUCUGCUUUUCGAAGAGAAAAGUUGUACCUCCCAAAGUUGUCUUAACCAGCCUGGGACAUCGCAUAGAAUCCAAGGAGUCCCUGCCUGUUACUGUCCAGCGGCGUUUGCUGGGAGGUGCUCGACUACUACAGCUGAUGGCAGAGCCCAUCUUAAGUGCGAGCUCGCCGAUAGCCGGACUAUUGAGUCAGGCCUUCUUCAUGCCGUUCGCCGUCACUAUGAUGGCUAUGCUUGCUCGCUUGCGUGUGUUACUCGUGCACAUUCUUUAUGAAACGAUCGCAGCUUUCAACUUGGUGUCGUCUUCCAUGCAGCUUAUGAAAGUUUCAUCUGUUCCAGUAGAUAUUCCCCUUUAUUUGGAAUGUAGUUGGGACGGUGAAAAGAUAAAGUUCUUUGAAAAACUGCCUCCUCAACACACUCCAGAGCUUUUCUCAAUUCCAACGAGUCUAUCAGAUUCUACAAAUCUUCCAGACGUCGGCUGGUUUACUGAUGAUCGGUCCACUCUGGUGAAGGAGAAGCUGCAUAGCACUGGAUUGUCGGAACCAGUCCUGUACGAGCGGGAUGAAAGCUUUAUUUUAGAGGAUUCUCCAUUUGAGCUUCUUGGAGAAGAGGCUACAGAAACACCUAGUAUCGCUAAAGAGGCAAUUCCUGCACCCAGCUCCGUCACCUCAAAUGUGAAAGCAGUGGUCUCAUCAAGCCAUGAGGAGAUGGUCGGGAAUUCUAGUGUAGAGGAUAGAGCCGAAUUGGAAAGCUGGAAAGCGGAGUUGGAAGGCUGGGGAAAGCCAGGAAUUGACAAUUUAGUUGAGAAGUCUAAGUUGGACGGAAACUCAAAAAAGAGAGUAGCGUAUGUUUCUGUUCAGAUUGGAGGUGGUAAGGAAUCCAAAAUGACCAAAACAGAUCAUCAAAUGUAGAUGCAGACUUAUAAAGUUUUAGUUGGCAAGAAAUCGCCAAAAUGACAAGGUUGUCUGAAAUCGCAUGGUUCCGCCGUUUGCGCUGCACA